AUGCCUGCCAACAAAGCAACUUGGACACGCAUCGUCUCGUCCGCGAGCCUUGACCGAUCAUCCCAGGCUGCAUCUAUUGUCAGUAACAAGCUCUACAUUUUCGGUGGCGAGCUUCAACCCCGCCAACCAGUCGACAACAAGAUCCAUGUGAUUGAUCUCACCCAAGGCAGAGACCCUACGCCUCAAAGCCUGAACACCCCCUCAGUAGCACCCAGCCCACGCGUCGGAAGCCCCAGCACGACCGCGAAUGGCAUGACCUACCUCUUCUCCGGCCGCGGCGGCCUCGAGAUGACGCCCCUCGAGGAAUCCGGCGCCCUCUGGUCCUACGACCCGGCCGCCGCAGAAUGGUCCCUGAUCAGCCCCUCCGACCCGAACGCGCCCUUCCCCGCGGGUCGGAGCUACCACUGCGUCGCCUCCGACGGCGCGGACAGGAUCUUCGUCCACGCGGGCUGCCCUGAGACGGGCCGUUUGUCCGACCUGUGGGCGUUCGACCUGGCGGGCAGAACGUGGACGCAGCUGCCCUCCGCGCCGGGGCCUGCCAGGGGCGGCGCGUCGAUCGCGUUCGCCGGCGGGAAGCUCUAUCGCGUGCACGGGUUCGACGGCAAGACGGAGCAGGGAGGAUCACUGGACGUGUUUGACCUUGAGGCGCAGACCUGGUUGAGCACACAGUACAAGACGGACCAGGUCGACGGCCCAGAGGCGAGGAGCGUCGCCACGUUGUUGUCUGCCACCGUGCAGGGCAAACCGUACCUGGUCACCAUGUUCGGUGAGCGGGAUCCUUCUCCACUUGGCCACGCUGGCGCUGGAAAGAUGUUGAAGAACGUCUGGGUCUACGACAUUGAGCAAGGAAAAUGGAACAUUGUUGAGACUGAAGGCGAUGCCCCGGUGGCCCGAGGAUGGUUUGAUGCGGAUGUGACGACUGGCGCGGGUGGUCAAGAUGACAUUGUCGUCCAUGGAGGAUUGAGCGAUGAUAAUACCAGGCUCGGAGACGUCUGGCGCUUGAGCUUCAUCUAA